GCAGGUGAAAUGUGGCCCAACAGGUCUGAUGGGAACGCAGACAUACAGCCACAUAGAGGCAGGGUGGGUGACUGACAAUCCUGCUGCCAGUACCAGCUGAGAGGACUUACAGUCAGAGCAUGAGAUACUAAUGCAGAUGUGUUCAUGUUGCUGAGAGUGAGAGACUGGAUUUGGUCUAGUCAUUGACUGACAGAGAGGUAAGAGACCUUUGAACCUCAGGGCCCUGUGGACUCCCAGCACCACCUCCAGCAGCGGCAGCAGGAUUGACUGAGUGGAAUUUCCCUCCUCUUCCCUGCCUGGAGCUGGGGGGAGAUGGUCUGUCUGAGAGCCUGAGCAGAACUCAGGAAGGAGAGUGAGAGGAAGGGUGGGAGAGAGGGGGGGCUGAACAGAGGGAGACGAUUGCAGGCGAGGACUGGACAGAAGAGGAGACAUGCUUCGCUACGGUUCAAGACCAAUGGUUUCCACCACCACCACCACCACCACUACAAACGACUCUGCAAAACCUUCAAGUGAGAGGAGGAUCCUCAGGUUAACUCUGCUUCCAGGAAAUAAUGGAAACAAUGAGGAAAAAACUGCAGACACAGCCAAGGCGGAGAGUCACAUCAAGGAAACAUGGAAGAAGAAGAACGGGCUGAUCCACAGGGAGAGGCCCGCUGGCAUGGAGUCGCCUCAGCAGCACCCUGGAGACACAACCAAUGGGGUGCCGACGACCUCACUGCAGCAUCAUGGGCCCAGAGUGUAUGGCGUAGUGCAAAGGACAAGCUCGGACAGACCGCAGGAGCUGAUGGCGCGCGAGUGGACCGUCAACCACCUUCAUGAUGAAAUGAGGUACAUCCGGGAGGUGAGAGACUCCCUGGAAAAAGUGAGAGAACGAAUGUACGGGCAGUUUGGAGGAAUGCAGCAAUCAAUGGAGAAGCUUUCAUGGGAAAUCAGGGCUGCUAACUCACAGCGGAAAAGUUUGGAGUCUGAGGUGAAGGUCCGUACCGCAGCCAUGGAGAACUUUGAUCAGAUGAACAGCUCCCUUAUAUCCGCAAACAUCGGCCUGCAGAAAUCCCUUUUGGAGAACUGUCAGAACAGAGUAGACCGGAAAGACGAGGUGAAGAGUUUGCGGAGCACCUGCGAGAAAACUCAGGAGAAGCUCAGGGACAAGGAGCGGGAGCUCGCUGCAGCACAGGCUGAAAACCAAACUCUGAGACUUCAGGUGGAGUCUUCACAGGAGGCCAACACCCAUGCCUUGCAGGAUCUGUCAGCAAGGUUUCAGAGGGAGUACGAAGAAAAACUACAGAUUGAACAACAGAGACACAGGGAAGAGAUAGAAAAGCUACAGGCCCAACUCGAUGAUUACAUCGGGCGAUUGGAGGAAGCAGAGAGGAACCUCAGGACUGCAGAGGCGAAGAUUAUUGAGAAAGACCAGAGGAUCAUUGAAGUAGAACGCCUCCUGAGCUGCAUGGGGGUGGAGAAGAGCCAACUCCUGGAGAAGCUGCAGGAGUGCGAACAGCGUAUUCGUUUGUUAGAGCCGACAGACACAACGGAUGGAGCUGCAGUCAAAAAGUCUAAGGAGCUGCAGGAAGAAGCCGUGGAUCUCCGAGAGAGGAUCAAACACUUGAACGACAUGGUGUUCUGCCAGCAGAGGAAAGUCAAAGGAAUGAUUGAGGAGGUUGAAUCUCUGCGAGCUAAAGUUGCCCAGAAGGAUAUGUUCAUCUCAGAGCUUCUAGACAGAAUUGCAAUAGUCGAGUGUGAGAAUAAUGAAUUAGAAGACAAGCUGAAGUAUUUUAUGUCCAUACAGAACAGGCCUCAAGAGAUGUUGGAAAGACGAGACAUAGGAGUAGGCUGCGAUCUGCUCCUCAGACAUGAAGUAGAGAGGCACGAUGUUGAACCUGUUCACCUUCAUUCCACCCAAACUUCAUCACCUGUCCAACCUACAUCACCAGACCAACCUACAUCACCUACUCAACCUCUGUCCCCGACACAUCCUUCAUCACCAACACAAUGGCCUUCAUCUUCUUCACAACCCUCAUUCCUGUCAUCCAUUCAAUAUCCAUCUUUCAACCUAACAAUGCCCAUACAGCCAAGGACAUACAGUUCUACUAACCCUCCACCCAGCAGACUGGAGUCCAGUUUAUUAAAGUACUCUCCUGGUCAGUACAGUCGAUUCCUGCAGUCCAACAACUCAGCAAUGAAUGGUGUGUCCUCUAACGUUCACCCACCAGAGUCUGACCCUGUUAUGAGUCCAGUCCAAUCCGAAAGAAAUGAGGUGGAUUCAGAACCGGAGACAAACACUGCACAGAAUAAACAACAAUUCACAUCAUCCACCUCGUCUUCUCGACCGAGAUCAAGAAUACAAGCUUAUUCACCUUUCAUGAAACUGAUGGGAAAUACCCUGAGGGACAACCCCUGACUAAUUUGAAGGGUUCAAAGUUUGGGAAAUUAAAAUUUUUUAAACAAUUCGAUUUAUUGAGCUGUUUAUAUUUUUGUUUUUUAAUUUUUCUAGUUUUAGCAGCUCAAAGAACUUGUUUUUUCAGCACUAUUGUAACAGAAAAUAUGUAAUUAUUUUCAGAUCUAUUUUAAAUUGAGUCAUCUACAGAUACGCUCUAUGUUAUAUCCUUGUCAGUGGCAUAUUUAGAUUUAAAGUAAUUUUUUAUUAACAUGUCUCUUCUGACUUAAUGCUUUGGAGUGGUCCCUUAAGUUGCCACCAGAAGCAUUUUGGAAGCGUAUUAAUAGUUUUCAACAAGCUAUUUUUAAAAAAUGUAGAUAAAACAUUGUUUUUGUUUUUUAAAAAUAGCACCUGUUGUACAUUGCCUUUUCAUCUGUUAAGAUAUUAAUGUUUUUAUCCAAAACAAACUUUGAAUCUAAAUCUGCUAGGUGCAUAAAUAAUUUUAGGCUUAAUUGUAUGUUGAAUGAUAAUUUACACCUUGUUCAAAUUUUAAGUGGCUAAACCUUUUAAAAACAGCACAAAUAAAAAGGCACAAACAAUGAUGGUUAUUAAACACAUUUAUGAAGCUUAGUAAUCCCUAGUGAACCCUUACAUUUUUAGACAAUCCUAACUUUUUAAAGCUAAAACAAAAAACUUGCUCCUGUUCUUUUGAAAGAUAAUAGGAGCCAAGAAACUACUAGCAGUCACUAAAUGAGAAAUCACACAGUAGAAACUACAACCACAUAACUUGUUUUUUAACUAUUCAUUUUUUUGGCUGACAGUAUGAACAAACAAGUUAAUUUUGAUCUGUACGUGUAUUGGUGGAUGGACAAUAGAAGAUAACGCUAACUAAUUCAUCCUGUCUCAACUCAUGCUAGGCUAAACUACACCAGAUUGCCCAAAGUCUUUGUUUGUGUUAUCCUACUUGUACUUGAACUUUGAUGACAUCCUAUUCCUAAUCUUUGAGGUCCAAUUUGUUAAUGGACCCACGGUUCCCCAGCAAUUGCAACUUUAACUGUUCUGUAAACAUCAUCCACAAGGUUUAGGAAUGUGUUCAUAGUUAGAUGAGAAAACCAGAAUUGCAGCCUUUGCUCUAAUUCAUCCCAAAGGUGUUAGGUCAGGACUCUGUGCAGGUCAGUCAAGUUUCUUCACACCAAAAGCUUUAUACCUGCAGCCAUGGGAGUGAUUAAAGCACCAGAAUUCUUUGAUUUGGCGGUGUGACCCAAUACUUUUGGCAAUAUAGGGCAUAUUGCUACAGUUAGUUUAGCUAAUUGUUGCCAGUGUUGGGAAAUUGGGACUAAACGGUAUAAUUUCAACUUCAUUUUUCUACUAAUAACACACAAUGUUGUACUGAAAAAUCUUUUACAAGUUUAACUUUUAAAAUGUUCACAUGUUCUUUGUUGUUUAUAUAAUCACCAUGGUGAUAGUUAAAGUGUUAAUACUUAUUUUAUCUGUCAGGGAUGAUGGAAAAGAGUGUUACUGAUAAUUUUGUAAUAAUGAUAAAACAUUUUGCUCUCAGUGGGGUGUAAACUAAAUUAAUAUUUUUUUAAACAUGUUUUUAUAUACAGUGAAUGUAGCCCAUUUACAUUGCCUAUUGAGCUAUAAAAACAUAUUUCCAGGUUAAGGAUUGAUAUGACUAUUGUUUGUAUUUCUAAAUAUUUAUAUUUGCUUUGUACAUAUUAAAUGAUAUAUUUUGCUAUUGUUCGCACUAUGUAAAUAAUAUUUAUUUACUUGCAUUAUGCCUUUGUGUACAUGCCCUACUGUCUCAUACUGGUGGUGGAAUUAGAUAUAUGUGUUGACAACAGGGUAAUGGGACAUUUUGGACAUUUAAGACUUGUGAAUCUGUUGAUAAUAAAGUGACUGCCAUUCCUGAGCCACAAGCAUUACUUUCCACCUUUUGUGUAUACUGCCAUAAUGCACUAAUUGUGAGUAAUGACAAUAACUAUAAAUGAUUAAAAAAACAAAAAUA